CUUUGCGCUCCGACGACGUCCCCUCGGCGGGGUAAUUUCGCUGCCAUUGUCUUGCGUUGCCAGGGACGGACGCGAAUUCGGUAACAUUUGUGCGGCUUGACUCACCAUCCCCCCGACAGGAACAUCCUCCACAACAGCCAGUUCUCGACCGGUCUUGUCGUCGCGAGCCUCCUCCCAACAUUCCGCCUCCUCGAGCACAACCACCUCUUUUCGAUUUCGAUUAUCAUAACCUCCGAGAAACCAACAUCAACAUGGCUGAAGGCACCAAGGCCCAGGAGAGGUUCGCCCUCAUCCAGGAGAACCUGGCCGAGAUCAUGAACCCCGAGAUCAUCGAGAAGAUCCUGGCCGAGGGUCGCAACCCGAAGAUCUACUGGGGAACCGCGACAACGGGCAGACCGCACUGCGGCUACUUUGUGGCGGCCAUUAAGCUGGCGCAGUUCCUCGCCGCCGGCUGCGAGCUGACCGUCCUCCUCGCCGACAUUCACGGCUUCCUCGACAACCUCAAGGCCCCGAUCGAGCUCGUUGAGCAGCGCGCCAAGUUCUACAAGUUCGCCAUCACAAACAUCCUCAACGCCGUUGGCGUCUCCACCGAGAAGCUCAAGUUUGUCCUGGGCAGCUCCUACCAGAAGAGCCCCGAGUACAUCAUGGAUGUCUACAAGAUGAGCUCGCUCAUUAGCGAGAGGGAUGCGAAGAAGGCCGGCGCCGAGGUCGUGAAGCAGUCUGACAACGCCCCCAUGAGCGGUCUGCUCUACCCCGUACUCCAGGUUUGCGACGAGGAGCACCUGGGUGUUGAUGCUCAGUUCGGAGGCAUGGACCAGAGAAAGCUGUUCGCGGCGGCAACUGAGUGGCUACCCAAGGUCGGAUACCAAGUGCGCGCGCAUUUGUUGAAUCCCAUGGUUCCUGGUCUCAACGGUGGCAAGAUGAGCUCAAGCGACCCUGACAGCAAGAUCGACCUUCUUGAUGCGCCCGAGCUUGUCCAGAAGAAGCUCCGGAAGGCCGAGUGUGUACCCAAGGUCGCCGAAGGCAAUGGUGUUUUGGCCUUCGUCGAGUACGUGCUGCUGCCCGCCGCGGCUCUGAAGGGCAAGAAGGAGUUCCGCGUCGAGAGGGAACGCGAUGGUCUCGAGCCCCUGGUCUACACCGACAUCGCCGAGAUGCACACCGACUACACCAACGACGUGUUGACGCCCCAGCUGCUGAAGCCUGCCGUGACCAAGGCCCUCAACGAACUCCUGUUGCCCAUCCAGAAGGCGUUCCAGGACUCGGAGGAGUGGAAGGAGGUUACGCAGAAGGCUUACCCGCCGGUUGAGGACGAUAAGAAGAAGAAGAAGAAGCAACCCAAGGACAAGGGCUCCCGCUACCCUGGCGGAGGCAAGGGGGGUGCUGCGGCCCAGGACGGCGCAGCCAAGGAGUCGGAGCUGCCCGUGCGUCCGGCUGAUGGCGCGGCCCAGUGAAUUCUUUUUCGAUUCUUGCAUAAAGAAAGCGUUUUUUAUCUGUACGUACUGCUAUGGAUUGGAGUUCGGAUGGAGACCAAAAGAAGAAGAUGGAGUCUAGAGAACUAGAUACUUCAGAUGAAUUGCAAAAGAAAGAAGGAACUACGUCUCUAAUGGUCCCUGCUUUAUGGAACUUCCAGCCAGAUGCGAUGAUAAUCGGUACAGUAAAGAUAUCUCGGCCAAGGGGGACUCGAAGACAUCCAGAAAGACAUCGACAUCCUGCGAUGAUCGUCC